UUCAGGCAGUUUUUAAUACUUUCCCCCGUUUCUUGUAAUCGCACCCCCAUCGAUGUUUGGUCUAUUUUGAAUAGCUCCUCGAACUCCUCGAGAAAUCUUACGGAAAUGACGCGAUGUUUCUGAAUGCAACGUGCAGGCGGCGGCUCCUUUUUGAUGUAGAGAACUCUGCUUUUUGCUCAUCUCUCACUUCGUUUCAUUCCGUUUUUUUGGAGGGGCGGGGGGAAUUUUUGACGUCGUUUAACUUCUUUAAAAAAAUCUUUCAGCAUGUUCACACGGGGUGAACAUGCUAACAUGUAGUGACUUUCAAGCAAAAUGACGUCGAAAAGGCGUAUGGGGCCAGAGGAGGACAUCUGGUGGGAAUCCUCAACCUCACCUGGGAAAAGGAAGAGGAAAAAGGAGUCAAAGAAGAGCAAAAACGCACCAAAAAGCAAAGGCAGCAUCCCGGCAAAGGCAGAACAUCGUGGCGAGAAGGAAGAGAAAAAGGACACCAAGCAGAGAAAGAAGAAGAAGAAGAAGAAGUGUGUUGAUUUCAACACACUGAUUGGAGACACCCACCACACAAGCCAAAGAAAAAGGAAAGUGGGCUUUGAUUUAUCAUCCAGCUACAUCCUCGUUAAAGACCCAGACUUUGCGUCUUUCAGCCCAAAGGUGAAUGACAGCCUGCACCAUCAGCGUCCAUUGCAAGAAGACGACUCUCAAUGGGAGGACAUCAACAGCCAGGACUUGUUCAUCACCCAGAAGAUAUUCAGAGCCUCCCCCUCCGACUCCGAGGACACGUCCACACCGGCUAUGACGACACAGCACGCAGAAACAUGGCGGCACUCUCUGAAUCCCAGGAAGAAGAAGUGGCCUCCGAAGAAAGGGAAGGCGGGAGCACAAAACAGGAAUUGUUCCUUUCGCACAGACGGAGACUUCCACGCAAGUCUCGCCUCACGUUCCGGUGAGGUAGCAGAUGCGUCCCCACGGGUGGCCGAGCACUCCAAGUGUGCGAAUGCCUGGCAGACGUCCCUCAAAGAAACAGCAAGCACGUCCACGCAGACGCAGAACUUCUUCACCGCUCCUCCACUGUCCUCCUACGCCUGCUUCUCCCACAGGACCAGACCGGCCGGCCCGGAAGACGUCAAGCCUCUUGACCUCAGCUUGCCGCAUCGAGCCAGGAGAGGCCUCGGUGGCUGUUUGGCAAGAAGUGAUGCCACCGAGGAGGACACGCCAUCACCUGGACCUGGAGAGGAGCGUGCACCUUCAAGGAAAGACCUGGAAGUGAAGACAGAAGCUGCUGGAGAGGAAAAAAGAGGAAAAGGCGACACCAUGCCGAGUCCUCCGUCUGAGUCAGAGAGCAAGUCUACCUCCAGCGACUGCAACCCGGCGCCCUGCCGCAGCACAAAGGUGGACCUUAACCAGGUGAGACCCGUGCAGAUGAGACUGAACGAGUCAUUUUUCUUCAAGACCAAAGGGUACGGAUGUUCACCCCGACCCGAGUCACCGCUCGUGAAACUUACGGACGGCAGAGCCAGCCAGCGAGACAAGAAAGGCAAGAAAGGACGCUGACAAGUUGUUUUUUUCUCAUUUUCCGACCCGGACCGAGAUGUUGCUGGAGUGGAGUCAUGGUGGCUUGCACGCGUUGACAGACGGCAUUCACUUCCAACGCAUGGAUGGGCGAUGGUGACACGUUGACGUUCAGCUCACACCUUGGCGCUUGACGUCGUCUUUGCUUUGUUGACAGGAUAUGACGUCUUUACUGAAUUAUUUUGGCACAUGUUAUGAUAUUCAGCGUGCUUUUAUUCAAUUUGGAUGUUUUAUUGUCAUGGCACACAGCGUGCGACAAAACUUCUGUUUCUCCAAAUGUUCAGAGCCAUAAGCCUAAAAUGUGAGCAGCAACACAAAGAUCAAUAACACAAUUAUACACUGUAGUAAUCAUGAAAUCAUUCAUAUGAAGAAUUAUUACAGAAUAACUAGUAGUAUGUUAAAACAAACACUUCGGUAUGUAGAAACUAUAAUUAUUCGUAAAAUAAUCCUUACAAAUGUCUUAAAA